AACGCCACUCAUCCCCUUUUCCCCUCCCCUCCCUCGUAAAGCAAAUCCCAUUCAUUCCUAAUUUCCAACCUCCUCCAUCAUCAUACUUCCUUCCUUGUACCCUGUAAUCCAUCAGAAAAACCCAACUUCCCCUGAAUCAAUUCGAUCGAGGAGGAGAAAAAAAAUGGACGCGAACGAGCUGAGGAGAGUGUUCCAGAUGUUCGACAGGAACGGGGACGGCAAAAUCACGAGGAAGGAGCUGAGCGACUCGCUGCAGAACCUGGGGAUCUACAUCCCGGAGGGGGACCUGACGCAGAUGAUCGAGAAGAUCGACGUCAACGGCGACGGCUUCGUGGACAUGGACGAGUUCGGGGAGCUCUACCAGACCAUCAUGGACGAGCGGGACGAGGAGGAGGACAUGCGGGAGGCAUUCAACGUCUUCGACCAGAACGGCGACGGCUUCAUCACCGUCGACGAGCUCCGCUCCGUCCUCGCCUCCCUCGGCCUCAAGCAGGGCCGGACCCUCGAGGACUGCCGCAAGAUGAUCAGGAAGGUCGACGUCGACGGCGACGGGAUGGUCAAUUUCAACGAGUUCAAGCAGAUGAUGAAAGGGGGUGGAUUUGCGGCUUUGAGUUCCUCUUAGAUUCAUAAUUGCUUCCUCUUCCUCUUCUCUUCUCUUCUUUUAAAUUCAUCAUCCAAUCCAAUUCCAUUUUGCUUCCUUCUCUGUCUUGUCGGAAAGGAGAGAUUUGGUUAAUUGAUUGAUACAUUUUUCACACCAUUUUCCUCUUUCUCUUUUGGGUCCCUAAUUUGUGUAACAUUUGUUGAUUUGAUUUCACAAUUUACAAUUAGAGAGGGUCUGUUGUUGACUUGUUGUGCUGUGUUGUUAAUGAAGAAGCCUUGCUGGGUAUGGGAGAUCCAUUUCCCACAUUUGUUCGGAGAUAGAUUGAAUUGAAAUCAUGUUUUCCAAAGAAAUGAAGUCAUAAACUUCUGGUUAUUGA